UCAACUGUCAAUCCUCUCAAGUCUCCCAGUUGUUACUUGUUGUUGCUAUUUUCGUUUUAGUGGUCUAAUUUAUGGAUGUAUGGUGCUCUCGUCAGCAGAAUGAUAGUUUUGCGCUUUCUGAGCUUUCUCUUCGUGUUGCUGUAUAAAUAAUUCGGUUUGCUCUUCCGCUGUUCUUUCUGCUGUUUUAGCAGACUACUUAUAUUUUAAUACAUAAGUAUGUAUAAUCCAUUGCUGCAGUAUACAUAGGGGGGCCUUGUCUUACUAUCACCAUGCAUCGGAAUAAAUCCAGUGUUUUCCAUGAUAUACACAACCAGCCCUACAACAUGAACACCAGGAUUAAGCUACAUCAUAGCACUAAAUCAAGUUUAGAGCUGAUUCAGCGUAUGGCACCUAUGAAAAGAUUGGAAGUUCACAAGGGCUGUGUCAACUCUAUUUGCUGGAAUAACAUUGGAGAUACGAUUUUAUCUGGCAGCGAUGAUCAACAUCUAGUUCUUACAAACACUUACAGUUAUCAGGUUACUUCAGACUACAAAACUAGUCAUCGGGCAAAUAUUUUUAGUGCUAAAUUUUUGCCUGACGGUGGAGAUCACCGUAUUGUUUCCUGCAGUGGUGAUGGAACUAUUUUAUAUACUGAUUUAAUGAAGAAGACUGAAACAUACCAUAGUCAAUUUAAUUGUCACAGUGGAACAACUUAUGAAAUUGCUACAGUAGCGUUUGAACCCAACAAUUUUUUGAGUUGCGGCGAAGAUGGAACUGUCAGAUGGUUUGACUUGCGGAUCAAAGAAAAGUGUAAUGUUCCUAGGUGUAGAGAGGAUGUAUUGAUUUCGUUGUCGAAAGCAAUAACCGCUGUUUCUGUGAAUCCUAUACUAUCACAUCAAGUCACAAUAGGAUGUUCCGAUAGUAUAGUAAGAACAUUUGACAGACGAAUGCUUCGAACUCAGGCUACAGGCUGGACAGAUCAUGGAACUAGUGCAAAGUCAUUAUGCAGUUUUACUGUACCAGAAUUUGAAGGAAAUUCAUAUAGAAUUACAUCUUUAAGUUAUAGUCCAGAUGGGCAAGAUGUUCUUGUCAGUUACAGCAGUGAGCAACUUUAUCUUUUUGGUACAAAAGAACGAAGAAGCAAUCAAUUAACAAAAAAAAUUAUAACUGAGAACAAAAAGAAGCCCUAUCCCAUUCGAUCUUCGCAACCAGUCCGACGCUUAAGACUAAGAGGCGAUUGGUCUGAUACAGGACCAGAUGCUCGUCCAGAACGGGAAGGUGGCCGAAAUAGUCGAACAGAAAUAUCUCAGGCACGACCUGUUUUACAUACUUCAUUAAUGCAGAGAAUGACUGACGUCCUGACCAGAAUGUUAAAUGAUCCAGCAACUCGAGCUGCUUUGAGUGGUGGUGGUGAAGAUAGUUUUGAAGGUGUCAUGGAUUCUCAAGUAGAAAGUAUGCAGCAAACUCAUGAGAACGUGAACGAAGUAGUUGAAGAAAGAAAUAGUAGUGUGAAUGAAGAAGAACAACAGUCUGAAAUUAAUAGAUCAACAAACAAUGUCAUUGAAGUAAAUACCUCUGCAUUGGUAUCUACAUCCAAUCUUGAAAUUGGGAAUAAUGAAGCUGUAGAUGGAGAGCCCGUGAAUCUAACGGCAGUUGCAUCAGUUCAGUGUGAAUCACAACUUCUUACGAGUAUUAAUUAUAGUCACAAAACGAGGAGUCAUAACUCACAUGUUUCUAAUCAACCUUGCAAUGUCAGAUACAGUACUCUACAAUCUGAGGUCUUUAGCAAAUCAAAUGCAACCAAAGUAGAACCUUCUACCAUUGAAAAAAAAGGCAUGAUGGAGAAUCUUCAAGACAGACUAACCACCAUAAGGGAUAGUUUCUUGGAAAGACAUGGUAGUGAACCAACUGUGAAACUUACUUAUUCCGAUAAAAGUUCAACUAGUACAACGAUUUUGCUCGGGGUUGCAGAAGAAGUGAAACGAGAUUCUUGUAAAGAAGUACCCAGUAUGCACUCCAGUAGCAGUUUGUCCGAACCUGGACCUAGUAGUUCUCACAAACUAUCAGUCUAUGACACAACUCAAGAAGUUACAAAUGAAGAUGUUUAUAACGACAGUGAUGAUGAAAACACAAUUACAGCUAGACGAGGAAUCAAUGCUAUUGAGACAGAAAUGGAUGAAGCCACGAAAAAUGCUUGCUCCAUUCAAGUUCCUCAAAGCUUUGAAGAAAGUUGCUCAUCUGGUUUGACUGUAAAACAAAAAUACAUGGGCCAUCGCAAUGCCAGUUUCUUUAGGACAAUGAUCAAAGAGGCGAGUUUUUGGGGCGAUGAUUUCGUCAUGUCAGGCAGCGACUGCGGACAUGUAUUCGUCUGGGAGCGCAACUCUGCACGGCUGUGUAUGUUGCUCGAGGCGGAUCAACAUGUGGUUAAUUGCGUGCAGCCUCAUCCAUUUCUACCGCUGCUUGCUACCUCGGGUAUCGAUUACGAUGUCAAAAUCUGGGCACCUAUCAACGAAACUACACACUUUGACGAGACAUUUGCAGAAGAUCUUAAGAAGAGAAAUGCCGUUAUGCUAGAGGAAACCAAAGAUACCAUUACUGUUCCAGCUGUUUUCAUGAUUAGAAUGCUAGCAUGUUUAAAUCAAAUAAGACGAGGUCGACUUCGUAGCAGAAGAAGAAGUGGAAAUGAUGAAUAAAUUUGACAGAAAUUCGUAGAUCAUACCAAAUGAAUCUGUUGGUUUUAUUGCAUAAAACUAGUAUAACUUUGUUUGGAAAAUCCUGAAAAAUUGUUAAAAAUGUCACUUAAGUUAUAUGUAAGUAUGUGCAUUAGGUCAUGUGAAUAUAAUUGAUUGGAACUCAUUUUUUCUCACUAAUUGUUAAAAAUCAAGAAAAACUAUGUGACAAACAAAUUAAUAACUUGCUUUUUUCUUUUUUUUUUUUUUUUGUUGAGAAAUAAUUAAUUUUAUUUUGCUCAUUGUUAUUUGAAAAAAAUCUUAAAUACGUAAACCUGUUGAUAAAAUUUAGGUAUGUAGUAGUGAUACUCUCAUCAGAAUAAUUUUUUUUGUGCUCAAUAUUAUUAUAGAAAAACAAUAAUAGCCUUGAAUAUUUUUUAUUUAAUGAACUUAAGUACAGGAUUAAAUUGAAAAUUAAACUGACGUACUCAACAAUAAGAUUGAAUGGUGAUGACUACAUCAUUUAUGAGACGAGUAUUACAAAUCCUUUUUAACGAUAACAAAAAUUUCAUACUUCUAUUAUGUAAGAGAUACUUAUGUCAGAGGUUCAAAAUUUAUAUAGUGCGCUGUUUACAAGUUGUAAAGUUGACUUGCUCAACAUGUUGUAGUUGGUAAAUACAUGAAUACUUGUAAUACUGUUUAGAUUAUCACUUUACACCAUUACUGCAACUGUCAUAAAUGCAUACAAAUAUAAAAAAAGUAUCUUUCUUGGGUUGAACAUUAAUCAAAUUAAGAAAAUGUAAACAGUUAAAGUCAAUAAAUAAUAAAAAAGCAAGUUUUUUUAUAUUAUAAAUAUUUUGACACUUUUAAUCUUACUAUUCGAAUCUAAAAAUAUUUCAACCAAGGAUCAGAUGAAAUGUAAUUUUUUAUUUUUGAAAAAUUAAUAUUAUUUAUUUAUUAUCAUUACCUGUUUAUUUAUAUUUUUGAACGAACCGUACCUCAAACCAAACAACGUUUUGUUACAAAUUCCACAUGAUACCGAUCAUAUGAAGUGAGCCUACUUUGUUGAUAAAUGUUUAAACAUAAGUUAUUGGAUUGACUUACCUAUGAAUUCAGUUACUUGGUUGUGUGAUGAUGGAUGUAAACUGAAUACAUAAACAUAAUGUAUGUGCAUACAAUCAGAACUGCGAAGUUAAGAUCAAGAAUAAAAGACCACAUUUAAUUUCAAGUCUAAUCAUUAGUACAAAAUAAUUCUAGUACAUAGUGAAACAUUAUAA